GGGAGCUUCACUGAAUGCAAUAAAAGUUGAUCAGAAUUUUCAUCAUACCAGGAAAUGGCGAUAGCGAAUUGCUCAAGUCUUUCAAUCAACGUUAACGAUUUAUUGCAACUACAAGGCGUCGAAACCCAACGAGUAGAAUUUAAGAAAGCAUGGCACAGCAAGGGGCAAGGCGGAAAAAGAGGAACAUACUGGCAAGUUGUUCACUCAAUCUGCGCUUUCGCGAACGAUUUUUACAACGAUAAUGGCGGCUACAUUAUUAUCGGUGUAGAGGAGAAGGAAGACUGGGAAGAUGACGCAAGUAACCGCCAGAUCAUUCUUCCGCCUCUUGGUGUUCCAGCUAGGGACGUCGACCGAAUUCACAAGGAGAUCACGGGCGCUUGUCGAGCGAACAUCAAGCCUGAAUACGUCCCUAUCCUUUCAUCCGAAGUAGUAGAAAUGGAAGGAACAAGAAAGCAUGUACUGGUGAUCUGGGCGGUGGCUUCCGACAACCGACCUCAUAAGUGUAGGGACUCGAGCGAGAAAGAAGAAAAUCGUUCCUUCAGUUACUACAUCAGGUGUGCUACAGAAACGAAGAAGGCUUCACCAGACGAGGAACUUCGACUGCUGUCUCUGCACGCCAAGAUCCCAUUCGACGACAGGAGGGCGUUCGACUCAGGUAUAUUAAAAUGUUAUUUCUCCCAUACGCCUUUUAUUUAAAAUCAAAGACUGAAAUUAUCCCCUGACCAGUUUGAAAACUUUGAAUUUAAGAAACUUUAGGAGAAUCCAAUAUAUAUGUCACAUAGGUGGCGGAGCAGGGAAACUCCGUAGCCCUUAUCCGACAUCGGCGGCUUCAGAGUGCACAUUUUUGCCCACAGACGACUCAAGAACUACCAAAGAAGCAGGGACGAAAUACGAGCUCCCCUAAAAUGCGUUACUGAUGCAUUGUCACAAAUUGAUUACACACUAGACACUAUGAAGACUGCAAAGAGGUUCGCUUGUGCCAACAAAGGGCAUUUUGGAAAAUUUUUGAAGGGGUAUGCGCAUGGCUGAGUGGAAGAUAAGCCCCCCACAUGUUUCAAAACGCUCCGCCGCCUCUGUGUAUUGCAUACAUACAAAAUAAUUUAUUCCACGUUACGCGUAUAAAUCUUUGAUUAACGGAGCUUAAAACAUUUAACACCAAACUCAUAGAUGGAUUUCGCCGAGCAGGAAUCCUUUUGCGACAUUCAUUUUGAUUGAUAACAGAUGCACUCGAAAUCCACUGAUUUUGGAUAGAAAAUCCAGAAUAACUGCAUGCGCAUUUUAAUUUCCGGCCAGGCAAACUCACAAUAUUAAUCAUUCAUCUCUACAUGCUACUUCGACAAUCAUCAAAUUUCCGUAAUUUCAAUUGCCAAAUCCGUAUCAGCCAAGGUGCUGUAGUAAAUACCCGCUUCAAAGAAAAGGCGGAUUAAGAAUAUUUUAAGAGCAUCCAACCAUCAAAUUGUUGACAAAAAAAAAUUUAAAAAAACAACUGAAUUUGCUUGUUAAGCUUUUAUAUCUGAAUUCCAAUUUCCCGCUAACCUCGCUUUGAACAACCCGGUAUUUUUGUCAGGGACAUUAUCUUGCUAAUUCCAAAUUUUCUUUCCUUAUCAGGCUUUGGCAAGCAGCUUUCAGAGGGAGAUAUAGAUUUUGCACUUGUCAAGAGAUUCUUAAAAGGCAUUAAAAGCAAGUUAUAUCAUCAAGAAGAUAAGAAUCCAACUUAUUUUUAUGAGAGGUUAAAACUUGUGAGGCACAUUGGAGAUAGAAGAGAUGGUGACAUGCUGGUCCCUGUUUUGGCACCACGAAAUGUGGCUCUUCUGUUCUUUCACCAAGCCCCUCAUGAUUUUUUUUCGGGUGCAAAAACUGAAAUUGCCAUAUACACACAUGAAGACUAUGUACCAGAAGAAAAGCUUAUCACAGGGCCUAUUGACCAGCAAAUCGAAGAAACACUGUCUUUUAUUCUAACGACAACAAAAGAAGAAGCUGGUCAUGAAUUUGUGGCUUAUCCAUCGAGAGCUCUUCGCGAAGCAGUUGUUAAUGCAUUCCACCACAGAGGCUAUGAGGAGUGUGACAACAAUCCUAUAAAGAUUCACAUCAAGCCACACUGCAUUGAAGUCAUUAGCUAUCCAGGACCUGAUCCCACCCUCAAACCAGAGGACUUUUCUGAAGGAAAUGAAGUUCCAUGUGUUCCUUCCAGAAACAGAAGGAUUGCUGAAUUCCUGAAAGAAAGGCAAUUAGCUGAAGGGCGGUUUACUGGAGUCAGAACAAUUUAUAAAAGUAUGAAGAAAAACAACAAUCCCAAACCAUCCUUUGACUUCAAUCAAUCCUACUUCCGUGUUUGCCUCCCUGGACAUCCCAAGUACAUUGCGUACUCAAUUCGAAGAGAAGUUGACAAUCUUUGUGCAAAGGGAGACAAAAACGAGGCCAUCAAGUCACUUAAAGGAUUCCUUGAUGAACAUCUUACAGAUGACCGUUCAUUUUGGGGUUCUGAAAUGUUAAUUUCUAAACUGUUGGAGUUAAAUGACAAUGACAUCAACCAUCCAAACAUUCAACCCUACAAACACUUUAUCUCUGAGAAGAUGGAACGACGCAUGCCCCUCAUAACAAAAUUAUGUAAAUGGUGUGUUAGCGAUGAAACCACAGACAUUGCCACAGGUGUUGAGAUCGUGAAGAAGCUUGUAAAAGAAGGUGCAAGGUAUGAAGACCUGGACUCUGUUGUAAGGAAAGCAGUGGAUUUAUGCAUUGAGAAAAAUGAGAAAGGUCAACGGGUAGUGCAAGCUUGCCAAAAUGCCCACAAGCUAUUUGAAGCAAUGGGAGAGUUAACCCAAACAAAUGGUUAUGUGGCAUACCAGUUUGCUUUCUGCAAGUUUAACUUGUACUGCAUGCAAGCUGUUUCGACAAGAAAAAGGCGAGACCUAAUAGGUUACCUCAAAGAUGCAGAGGAUUACAUCAACAGAGCUAUACAGCUUACAAAUGAAGACUACAAGCACCAUCUGGCCAACCAAUACCGUCAGCUUGGCUACAUCCAUUCUCAACUAGAGAUCAUCCAUAAAUCAACAGAGGAGCAAAUCGUUGCUUUCUAUGAAAAAGCAAGAAAGUACAACCCCAAGAUAGAGAUCAACCAGUUGUUCAUUCCACCUGGAUAUCAGUUCAGGGACAUGGAGAGCCCUACAAGUAGUGUCACAUCCUUGGAAUGGAGUGUCUCAUCAUAA